GUACCACUACUACCCUCGUCGAAUCGAACCCAAAGCCUCCUCCUUUUCCCUUUUCUCUCUCUAAAUGUAUACAAGCUCCAACGAACAGUCCUGUUAUUAAACUGAGCGGGGGGGAGAGAGAGAGGAGAAGCUGCAUCAGUCAUAGUCGCGGGUCAAAAGGAGGAGCUUUUGAGGAAUUGGGGUUGGAGAGGGCGAAGAAGGCAGAAUCGCGUUUGAUAAACCGUGCGUGGAAUCUUUGAAUCACACAAAUUUGGUUCCUGAGCCAACCAUUUGCGUGCUUCGUACGGUCUAUCCCUCGCUAAUCUGCUAACAAACUCGCUCCAUCCCUCACUUUUUUGAUAUCUCCACCACAAAUAUAUAAAUAAAUAAAUCAGACUCACACUGAACCGCGCGAUCAAGAUCCACCACCACCGCCUCAGUCGAUCAAACUUGUUUCUUUUGCAUCCCCAAAUAACUAAUCCUUAGUUAUCUUCUCUUUUUAUGGCUUUUGUUUUCUUUCUUUAGAAACAUAACAAAACAGAAGAUUUGAUUUUCUUCUCUAUUACAGUAGUAAUUUUUUUGUUGGUAGUCACUGUUGUUAUUGUUUUUGUGUAAUACUAUCUAGUAUACUUGCUAUUAUAAUACUCGUAUAAUAGUUGGCGAUAAUUAUGGAUGAUGAGGCUAGGGUUUCAGGGAAAGUUGAUCUUCAGCCUGAUGAUGAGAGGCCCUCUUACUGGCUGGAUGCCUGUGAGGAUAUCUGCUGUGAUCUUAUCGGUGAUUUUGUAGAUUUUGAUGCCGCUGAAAUUCAGGAACCUGCUGCCGCUGCCGCCUCCACUCAGGACGGUGGCCUAGAUCCUUGUUUCUUUGGAGGAAUCGAUCGGAUUCUUGACUGCAUCAAGAAUGGGGACGGUUUGACUACUGCUGUUGGUAAUGGAGUCCGUGAUCCUUCCUCCAUUGUACAGGAUUCUUUAUCCAUUGGACAGGCUUCCCUUCAGAAUAAAGAGGAAGCUGGUGGGAAUUGCAAGCCUAAAGUUGAGGCUUCCUCUAUUCAAAAUGCUGCUCAAUCUACUGGCUCACCACCACAGUUACACGAUGGUAGUAAUCAAAACUUUACCAAAAGGAUGCCUGGUAAUAGUAACCCCGCUGGUGAUCACACUACCAACAAUAAUUGGAACAAAUCCUUGGAUGGGACUAAAGCAGAACAUCUUUUUACUCCGCGAGAUGGAGCUCAUAGUCGCGGCCAUAGUGAUCUAAAUUAUCACGACAGUGAAGAAAGAUACGGCAAAAGAGCUCGUCUUACUGAUUACAAGAAUGAGAGAUAUUUUCCUAGUAGAGGGCCAUAUCACCCCAGGGAGAGGCUAAAUAAAAAAAGAAAUCGCGACUGGGAGGAGAUUGAUAGGAGAGAUAGGGAUCAAAUCAGGCGAAGAGAACGCAAUGGCAGUGGUAGAAGGGAUCCUAGGGAGAGGGAGAGGGAGUGGAGAGAUGGAAGGGGUUAUUGGGAGAGAGACCGAUUGGGUUCCAAUGAGAUGGUUUUUCGCUUGGGUGCAUGGGAAGCUGAUCGAAACAGAGAGGAUAAGACUUCCUGUGAAAAAAACCAGGAAUGCAAUGGAAGGACAGAUAAUAAACCCGAAGAGCCCAAGGAGAAACAACCCGAGGAGCAGGCCCGACGCUACCAGUUGGAUGUUCUUGAACAGGCUAAGAAUAAAAAUACAAUAGCUUUUCUUGAAACGGGGGCAGGGAAGACACUCAUUGCUGUUCUCCUCAUCAGAAGUGUUUACAGUGAUUUGCAAAGAGAAAAAAGGAAAAUGCUGGCUGUAUUUUUGGUUCCUAAAGUUCCACUUGUUUAUCAGCAAGCAGAAGUUAUUCGUGAGCAAACUGGUUACCAAGUAGGCCAUUACUGUGGUGAAAUGGGCCAAGAUUUCUGGGACGCUAGGAGGUGGCAGCGUGAGUUUGAAGCAAAGCAGGUCUUGGUGAUGACGGCUCAAAUUCUAUUGAACAUUCUGAGACACAGUAUAAUAAAGAUGGAAGCAAUUAAUCUCCUUAUUCUGGACGAGUGUCAUCAUGCUGUGAAGAAACAUCCAUAUUCUUUAGUGAUGUCUGAGUUCUAUCACACAACACCAAAGGAGAAAAGACCAUCGGUCUUUGGAAUGACCGCUUCUCCUGUUAACUUGAAGGGUGUUUCUAGCCAAGUGGAUUGUGCGAUAAAGAUUCGUAAUCUUGAAAGUAAACUAGAUUCUGUAGUUUGUACAAUAAAAGAUCGUAAGGAGCUGGAAAAACAUGUACCAAUGCCAUCGGAAGUAGUGGUGGAGUAUGACAAAGCAGCCAACUUGUGGUCCCUUCAUGAACAAAUAAAACAAAUGGAACUGGCAGUCGAAGAAGCUGCACAAUCGAAUUCCAGAAGAAGUAAAUGGCAAUUUAUGGGAGCAAGAGAUGCUGGGGCCAAGGAGGAGCUGCGCCAAGUUUAUGGUGUUUCUGAAAGAACAGAAAGUGAUGGUGCUAUUAAUUUAAUUCAGAAACUGAGGGCCAUUAACUAUGCACUCGGUGAACUUGGACAGUGGUGUGCAUAUAAGGUUGCAAAAUCCUUUUUGACAGCUUUACAAAAUGAUGAGAGGGCAAACUACCAGCUUGAUGUCAAGUUUCAAGAAUCCUACUUGAAUAAAGUUGUCUCUCUUUUGCAAUGCCAGUUAUCUGAGGGAGCUGUUUCAGAAAAUAAUUUAAAAAUUGCUGACCUAGAUGAUGGGAGUGACCUUGAUGAGAUAGAGGAAGGAGAACUUCCUGAUAGUCAUGUUGUCUCUGGUGGAGAGCACGUGGACGUAAUUAUAGGAGCUGCUGUAGCUGAUGGAAAAGUGACCCCGAAAGUGCAGUCACUGAUUAAAAUCCUUCUCAAAUAUCAACACACAGAGGAUUUUCGUGCAAUUGUCUUUGUUGAGCGAGUUGUAGCUGCCUUAGUUCUUCCAAAGGUUUUUGCAGAGCUUCCAUCUCUAAGUUUUAUCAAGUGUGCAAGCUUGAUCGGGCAGAACAACAGUCAAGAAAUGCGGACAUGCCAGAUGCAGGACACAAUUGCCAAGUUCCGGGAUGGUCGAGUGACGUUGUUAGUCGCCACUAGUGUUGCCGAGGAAGGACUUGAUAUCCGGCAAUGUAAUGUUGUCAUUCGCUUUGACCUAGCAAAAACUGUUUUGGCAUACAUUCAGUCAAGGGGUCGUGCUAGAAAACCUGGGUCAGAUUAUAUCUUGAUGGUUGAGAGGGGAAAUUUGUCGCAUGGAGCAUUUUUAAGGAAUGCUAGGAAUAGUGAAGAGACCUUGCGGAAAGAAGCAAUUGAGCGAACCGACCUUAGUCAUCUUAAGGGUACUUCAAGGCUAAUUUCGGUGGAUCCAACACCAGGCACGGUGUAUCAAGUGGAAUCAACUGGUGCUAUUGUGAGCUUAAAUUCUGCUGUUGGACUCAUUCAUUUCUAUUGCUCUCAACUUCCCAGUGACAGGUAUUCAAUACUUCGUCCCGAGUUUAUCAUGGAGCGUCAUGAGAAGCCAGGAGGGCCUACUGAAUAUUCUUGCAGGCUUCAACUCCCCUGUAAUGCACCGUUUGAAGAACUGGAGGGACCAGUAUGUAGUUCAAUGCGUCUUGCACAACAGGCUGUUUGUUUGGCUGCUUGCAAGAAGCUUCAUGAGAUGGGAGCAUUUACUGACAUGCUCUUGCCAGACAAGGGAAGUGGGAGUGAAGAAGAAAAACUUGACCAGAAUGAUGAAGGAGAUCCACUCCCUGGAACUUCUAGGCAUAGGGAAUUCUAUCCUGAGGGUGUAGCUAAUGUUCUCCAGGGAGAUUGGAUUUUAUCUGGGAGAGACGGUGGCAACAAGUUCAAAUUCUUUCAUCUUUACAUGUAUGCUGUUAAAUGCAUAAAUGUAGGCUCUUCAAAAGAUCCAUUUUUAACCCAAGUUUCAGAUUUUGCAGUACUUUUCGGCACUGAGCUGGAUGCAGAGGUGUUAUCGAUGUCGAUGGAUCUCUUUAUCGCUAGGACCAUGAUAACAAAGGCAUCUCUUGUCUUCCGGGGUCCAAUAGAUGUAACAGAAUGUCAGUUGGCAUCCCUUAAAAGCUUUCAUGUAAGACUAAUGAGCAUUGUACUGGAUGUGGAUGUUGAACCAUCCACCACUCCUUGGGAUCCUGCAAAGGCAUAUUUGUUUGUUCCUGUGGUUGGCGAUAAGUGUGUAGAUCCUAUAGAAGAAAUUGACUGGGAUCUAGUUGAAAAAAUAAUUGAGACAAGUGCAUGGAGCAAUCCCCUUCAGAGAGCUCGUCCUGAUGUUUACCUCGGUACAAAUGAGCGGACACUAGGCGGAGACCGAAGGGAGUAUGGAUUUGGGAAAUUGCGUCAUGGCAUGGCUUUUGUACAAAAAUUCCAUCCUACCUAUGGCAUUAGAGGAGCUGUAGCACAGUUUGACAUUGUGAAAGCAUCUGGAUUGGUUCCUAGUCGGGAUGCUAUUAAGAUGCCGAAUUAUGUGGGCUUGACCGAAGGCAAAUUGAUGAUGGCUGAUUGUUGCACCAGUGCAGAAGAUCUGGUAGGAAAAAUUGUGACAGCUGCUCACUCUGGGAAGAGGUUCUAUGUUCAUUCUGUAUGCUAUGAUAUGACUGCAGAGAACUCGUUCCCUAGGAAAGAAGGCUACCUUGGUUCUCUUGAGUACAGCUCAUAUGCCGAUUACUACAAGCAAAAGUAUGGCGUUGAGUUGAUCAAUAAGCAGCAGCCUCUAAUAAGGGGGCGUGGUGUUUCUUAUUGCAAGAAUCUUCUGUCCCCUCGAUUUGAACAUUCAGAACCACAUGAAGGUGAUUCUGAAGAGACACUUGACAAAACAUACUAUGUUUUUCUCCCUCCUGAGUUGUGUUUUGUACAUCCACUUCCUGGAUCAUUAGUUCGAGGUGCACAGAGAUUGCCCUCAAUAAUGAGGAGGGUUGAAAGUAUGUUGCUUGCAGUUCAGCUCAAGGAUACUAUUAAUUAUCCCGUCCCUGCUUCAAAGAUCUUGGAAGCGUUGACAGCUGCUUCAUGCCAGGAGACAUUUUGCUAUGAAAGAGCAGAGCUUCUGGGAGAUGCAUAUCUGAAAUGGGUUGUUAGUCGAUUUCUUUUUCUUAAAUAUCCCCAGAAACAUGAAGGCCAGCUCACUCGGAUGAGACAACAGAUGGUGAGUAACAUGGUACUAUAUCAGUAUGCAUUGAACAAAGGACUUCAGUCAUAUAUCCAAGCAGAUCGAUUUGCUCCAUCUAGAUGGGCUGCUCCUGGGGUGCUGCCUGUCUUUGAUGAGGACACCAAGGAAGCAGAAUCGUCCUUAUUUGAUCAGGGAAAAUCACUUACUGAGACUGUAUCUGGAAAGGAUCACCACUGUGACUGGAAUGAAGAUGAUGAAAUUGAAGAUGGUGAGCUUGAGAGUGAUUCAAGUUCAUACCGUGUCCUCUCUAGCAAGACGUUGGCAGAUGUUGUUGAAGCACUGAUUGGAGUUUAUUAUGUUGAAGGGGGGAAGAAUGCUUCAAACCACCUCAUGAAAUGGAUCGGCAUUCAGGUAGAUUUUGAUUCCAAAGAGAUAGAAUCCACAACCAGGCCUAGCAAUGUUCCUGAGAGCAUACUUCGGAGUGUCAACUUUGAUAAUUUAGAAGGUUCCUUGAACAUUAAAUUCAAGGACAGGGGCCUAUUGGUAGAAGCUAUUACUCAUGCUUCACGGCCAUCUUCUGGAGUGUCCUGUUAUCAGCGCUUAGAGUUUGUUGGUGAUGCAGUCUUGGAUCAUCUCAUCACAAGGCAUUUGUUCUUUACGUACACGGACCUGCCCCCAGGCCGCUUGACUGAUUUGCGCGCUGCUGCUGUAAAUAAUGAAAACUUUGCACGGGUUGCAGUUAAUCAUAAGCUCCAUGUGCACCUACGGCAUGGAUCGAGUGCCCUCGAAAAGCAGAUUCGGGACUUUGUUAAGGAAGUUCAAGAUGAAUUAUCAAAACCCGGGUUCAAUUCCUUUGGUUUGGGGGAUUGCAAAGCUCCAAAGGUUCUUGGAGACAUUGUUGAAUCUAUUGCUGGGUCUAUCUUUCUAGACAGCGGACUUGAUACUGCAGUUGUUUGGAAGGUCUUUCAACCUUUGUUGCAUCCAAUGGUCACUCCAGAGACGCUCCCAAUGCAUCCAGUGCGAGAACUGCAAGAACGAUGCCAGCAGCAGGCCGAAGGCUUGGAGUACAAAGCAACUCGAAGUGGCAAUUUGGCUACUGUUGAAGUAUUUAUUGAUGGGGUCCAGAUUGGGGUUGCUCAGAAUCCACAAAAGAAGAUGGCACAGAAAUUAGCUGCCAGGAAUGCCCUUGUUGCUAUGAAAGAGAAGGAAACAGCCAAAGCCAAGGAGAAGGGUGAUGAGGAUGCAAAGAAGAAGAAAAGUGGCAGCCAAACAUUUACCAGACAGACUCUGAAUGAUAUCUGCUUGCGUAGAAAUUGGCCAAUGCCAUUGUAUCGGUGCGUGAAUGAGGGAGGUCCUGCACAUGCAAAAAGGUUUACAUUUGCAGUUCGGGUGAACACUACUGAUAAAGGAUGGACGGAUGAAUGUGUGGGAGAGCCAAUGCCAAGUGUCAAGAAAGCCAAGGACUCUGCGGCAGUUCUCCUCUUGGAACUUCUAAAUAAGUGGUACACGUGAUAUCAUCUCAAAAGGUUUGGUGGUAGCAAUCUUAUUCUUUACAGUUGUAAUAUCAUGCCUGGUGCAACCUAUUCAUGGCUACUAUAUCCCGGAUGUGCUGUUCGUAUAACUUAAUUUUGCAUCCACCGGAGAGCCCAUUCUGAUUAUUAGGAAAGGACUGCUGCAGUUUUAGUAAAUGCUAUACAUGAUAACAGUGGAAAGGAUUGGUGGCAGCCCUAGUUUCUGCAUUGCAAUAUAGCACCUCAUGAUGGGUUAUAAUACACCUGGGCAAGCUGUUCUUUUAAUUUUUUGUCUCCUGUAUAUUUAAGCAGCUGAAGUAUAAUUGCAAGCUUUGCUCCAGAUGCCCACAAUUCUCGUAUUGGUAAGAUUUAAUUAUUCAAGCACUUUCAUAGUCAA